AAAAAAAAAAAAAACACCAAAACAAUCACAACAGGGGGAGAGAACGGAAAGGGAGAAGGAGGUGUGUAGCCAGAGAGACCGGCCCUGGGACAAUUGCAAAUCCUAGGGUGCCACUGAAAGGUGGGGAGUAACAGAAAGCCAGAGCGACUGAAAAGCGGAGCUACUCCCAGCAACAACAGCAGCUGUCAGGAGCUGGAUAUACACAUACAUGCGUCCCUACAUGCACACACAGGGAGAAUUCAAGCUGAAGCUCGUAGGAGGAAGGAAGCGUCUCGGCUGUGCAAAGGGCUAUGCAUGUCAGGGAUGAAACUAAAAGCUGAAAGAAGCGGCUGCGCUCCUGGGACUGUGUCAUCUUGGAAGGGAGGGAGGCAGGAAGGAAGGAAGAAAAGGGGGAAGAUAACUGGCAUGUGGAAGAAGAUGGGAGACUAACUCACUGCUGUGCAGAAGGGAAAUCCAACUUGUACAUCUGAAAUACACCAGGCUCAGCUUGGAAAUGAGAUCAGACCUGCAUUGAAACACAGAAAGAGAGGAAAAGGGAGGCAGAGACGGGAGAGCUUUUAUCCUUCUUCCUGUCUCUCUUUCCCUCUCUCUCCUCAAAGAAGAAAUAGAAGUUUAUUGGUCUCGGUGCUUCUGGAUUCGUAUAGCUGCUGGACAAAAGAUGGAGAGGAAGCUAAAAUGAAAAGCAAAGGGUGCUUCUGAAAUUUACAGCUAAGAGGACAAAUCACAUCGUCCCGGGUUUCUUUGUGCCCCAUCGGGGGAGUUUUAAUGUCUGAAGGAUUUUGAGACGUGGGGGGGGCAAAGGCGAGAGUGGGCGUUAAAAAUACCCAUCCCAAGUGUUUAAAAAAUAAUGAGGUGAUGGAUUUAUUCUUGACAGCUGGUGGGAACCUUGAAUUUUUCUCUACUCCCUCCCUCCUUCAUUUCAUUUAAUGUGAAAUUAUGAAAUUGCAGAGGAGUUGGAGGGAAGGCAAAAGGAUAUAACGUGGAGUUUGAAACAAGGAGAGGGUGCUGAUGCUGUGGAUUGCUGGCUUCUUGCCGAAAUCAAAAAUCCAAUUGCGCACUGGGUUGUGAUUGGAAAUCUAAUCAGAUCUUUCGAGAGGGGGGAGAAGGACUAAAAGUUUAUUGUUUUGACAGACAGGAAUAAAAAAUUAAAUGCUAAAGGAGAUUCUUUUCUAAAGGAGUGUGGGGGAAUAGAGAAAAAGAAGAAUGGGAUUCCCCAUUCUAAUGUGGAGACACAUGGAUUGGAUAAUUGAUAGUGCAGCAAAGAAGGGGGAAAAAGAAAAUUGCCUGACAAGACCUGGAUCUUAAGUGUCACAACAAAAUUACAUUAAAAGAAUACAGAUGGAGGAUUGCUUAAAAGGAAAUACAGUUAUUUCUGCUCUCCAGAGAAAAAACAAAUAGAGAGCAAUGGGGAGCAGUGGAGCCAGAGAGGCAGAAAACCUCAGAAAAAGGAAACUAGGCAAACGAUCCACAGUGGAAUGAAAAGUUUCAGAAAGGAAAAGGACCAUUCAUCCUCUGCAAGGAUUUUUGUUUUUCUCCUGUUAUUUUAAACCGCUAUCCUUCAGUGAAGGCAACCAUCAACAUUACCACUACAGAAAUUUUAAGCAGAAAAGUUGAAAGCCACAGAGAAAAUAAAGGACAGAGAAGAAGAAAACAAAAUUGCCAGAAGGGGAGAGUUCAGCAGUGUUGGGUUGGAUUGGCACCUGUAUGGACUGAAAUUGCUGGGAAAUUGCAAUUGGAUAUCCUUUUUUUUAUUUCCUUUCUUGUUUUUAAUUUUGGUUUGGUUGCUGAAAUGAAAUAGUUUUCUAACCCCUCCCCCACCCUGGUUUUUCAUAAUCACUCGGAUUUCCAGCUGGAUAGUCUUUGAGGAUACAGGUGGAUGCUGUGGGGGGGUCCAGGCAGCUCUGUGGAACAGUCUCCAAUGGGCUAGUAGGAUGAGAAGGUCCAGGGGUAGUUUGGGAAACAAGGAGAAACAUCACCUCCCAAGACGGUAAACCUACUGAAAAGACGAUUCAAACUCCAGAAGGACCAACACCAAAUAAAUUAUGAAUGUUGAACAAGAUGACCUUACAUCCACAGCAGAUAAUGAUAGGUCCUAGGUUUAACAGGGCCCUAUUUGACCCCCUGCUUGUGGUGCUGUUGGCUCUUCAGCUUCUUGUGGUGGCUGGUCUAGUGAGGGCUCAGACUUGCCCUUCUGUCUGCUCCUGCAGCAACCAGUUCAGUAAAGUGAUUUGUGUACGGAAAAAUCUGAGAGACGUGCCAGACGGCAUCUCCACCAACACCCGGCUACUCAAUCUCCAUGAGAACCAGAUCCAAAUCAUUAAAGUUAAUAGCUUCAAGCAUCUGAGGCACCUAGAAAUCCUGCAGCUCAGUAGGAAUCACAUCAGAACAAUUGAAAUAGGGGCUUUCAAUGGUCUGGCCAAUCUCAACACUUUGGAACUCUUUGACAAUCGUCUGACCACUAUCCCAAAUGGGGCUUUUGUAUACCUGUCAAAACUGAAGGAACUGUGGUUGAGAAACAACCCCAUUGAGAGCAUCCCUUCUUAUGCUUUUAACAGAAUCCCUUCUCUCCGGAGGUUGGAUUUGGGGGAAUUGAAAAGGCUUUCAUACAUCUCAGAAGGUGCCUUUGAAGGUCUGUCCAACUUGAGGUAUUUGAACCUUGCCAUGUGCAAUCUUCGAGAGAUUCCUAACCUUACUCCGCUUGUAAAACUGGAUGAGUUAGAUCUUUCUGGGAAUCACCUGACUGCCAUCCGGCCAGGUUCUUUCCAAGGGUUAAUGCAUCUUCAGAAAUUGUGGAUGAUACAGUCCCAGAUUCAAGUGAUAGAAAGGAAUGCUUUUGAUAACCUUCAGUCACUUGUAGAGAUCAACCUGGCACACAACAAUUUAACACUACUGCCUCAUGACCUGUUCACACCACUCCGCCUAGAAAGGAUCCACUUGCAUCACAAUCCUUGGAACUGCAACUGUGAUAUCCUUUGGCUCAGCUGGUGGAUUAAAGACAAGGCACCCUCCAAUACUGCAUGCUGUGCCCGUUGCCACACACCUCCCAGUUUAAAAGGAAGGUACAUUGGUGAGCUGGACCUGAAUUACUUCACAUGUUAUGCUCCAGUCAUAGUGGAGCCGCCAGCAGACCUCAACGUCACGGAAGGCAUGGCUGCAGAGAUGAAAUGCCGGGCAUCAACCUCCCUGACCUCUGUAUCUUGGAUUACUCCAAAUGGAUCUGUAAUGACGCAUGGGGCAUACAGAGUUCGGAUUGCUGUGCUCAGCGAUGGCACAUUAAAUUUUACAAAGGUAACUGUGCAAGACACGGGUUUGUACACAUGCAUGGUGAGUAACUCUGUUGGGAAUACCACAGCUUCUGCCACGCUGAAUGUGACUGCCCUGGAUAACCCUGGUUACACGUACUUUUCAACCGUCACAGUAGAGACUGUGGAACCUUCUCAGGAUGAGGCACAGACCACAGAGCAGGUUGGGCCCACACCAGUUACCAACUGGGAAACCAUUAACAUGACAACCUCACUCACUCCACAGAGCACAAGAUCAACAGAAAAAACGUUCACCAUUCCUGUGACGGACGCAAACAACGGGAUCCCGGGAAUAGAUGAGGUUAUGAAGACUACCAAAAUCAUAAUUGGUUGUUUUGUGGCUAUCACUCUCAUGGCUGCUGUGAUGCUGGUAAUUUUCUACAAAAUGAGGAAACAGCAUCAUCGGCAGAACCAUCAUGCUCCAACACGGACUGUAGAGAUCAUUAAUGUGGAUGAUGAGCUUACAGGUGACACACCCAUAGAGAGUCAUUUGCCCAUGCCAGCAAUAGAGCAUGAGCACCUAAAUCACUAUAACUCUUAUAAAUCUCCUUUCAACCACACAACAACAGUUAACACAAUAAAUUCAAUACACAGUUCAGUGCAUGAACCGUUAUUGAUCCGAAUGAACUCGAAAGACAAUGUUCAAGAGACUCAAAUCUAAAACAUUUAUGACAUUAAGGGGUGGGGUGGGGGGACAACAAAAGAUGGUUUAUAAAACAAAUGACACAAAUGACUGGGCUAAAUCUACUGUUUCAAAAGUGUCUUUACAAAGAAAAAGAAAUUUAUUUAUUAAAAAUUCUAUUGUGAUCUAAAGCAGACAAAAUUAUGUGUAUUCCUCAGAACCUGUUUUUGCUGCAGUUAUUUACCCUCCUCGUUCCCGUUUUCCUGCCCAACCUACCCUGACUCCCAUUUGCCAUAUUUUUCAUAGGAGAUCUUGAUUCCCUAAAAGAACUGAUCUAGGAAAUUUUGUAAGAAUUCUGUUACACUUUGGGAAUUUUUAUGGUGAAUUCUAGUGGUGAGAUUCGGUCUAUUUUGUCACUUUCUCUUUUUUCUUUUGUUUUCUCAUGCUCUUUUUGAAAUCAUUCAACAGAGAAUGGAAUAAUAACAGUAACUUUGCAAGUGAGAAAAACAAACAAGUAAACCUUUUUUUUCUCCAUGUAAUGAUUUGCUCUGUAUUUACCGAAAGCACCAUUCUGUGGAAAAAAAUGGAAAAAAAAGUAAAAAAAAAAAAUCAGCCAAAAAAUUAAUUUACUUCUGAAAACCUAUAAAACCCAUGAUCUUUUAAGCAAUUCUAGAACCAGAAUUUGUAGUUCAAACACUAAACUAAGAUUAUAAAUAAAAUAUUGGUUUUUUUCUGUACUCGGAUAUAGCUCAUUCUUAAUGUGGCUUUAAACAUCAAAAGUUUGUUAAAAUUCCUAUGAUACUCUGCUCUGAUGGUCCAAAACACAAUCGCUUUAAAGAGAAUAAUUAAACCAUUUUGGAUCAUUACUGAAGAAUAGCACAGUUUUUAUUUUAGUUUAUGAAAACAACAUACAGGCAAACAAGGGUGUUUGAUUUCUAAUGCAGGAUUAAGAUCAUUCCUUCUAACGGUGUUUGCAAUUAUUGCUGUUAUAUCACAAGAUGCUUUUCACAAUGCCAGAAAAGUUUUGUAAGGCGCUUCUGUUAUCACUGAAUUUAUUAGACAAAGCUGAAAACUUUGUUCUGGUUUUUUUAUUAUUUGUAAUUGUCAAUAAGAAAAUUCACCUUUAUAUCAAAGCUAGUGCUUUCCAGUUCAGUCCCGGGACUUCUAGGCACAAAUAUGAAAGAAGUUUAGCUGUCUAUAAUACGUGUAAUAAGAGCUGUAUCCCUAUGUGCAAAAUCAAAUCAAAAUGCUGUUCGUGGAGUAAAUCACAGGAAGAAGUCUGAGGAUUUUGGUUUAAAAAACAGAAAGAACAAAGUCAGACAAAUCAGAGGAUAUUAUAAGUUACUGUAAUUUGCAUGACAAUUAGAUUCCCUGUAGAGUACCCUGUUUACAUUGAUUUAAACUCAGACUCAUUUACCAAUGGGAAAUGCACACCUUUUGCCUUUCUGUUCAUAUACAUUCUCUGGAUUUAGCUUAUUGGUAUAGGACUGAUGUAUACUGUGCAUGCUGAAAGCUAAAAGGAAGGCUUUCCAUAAGAAAACCUGCUUCAGGACACUGUGUUCUUCCAAGUAAAAGUUCUGCCAAAUUAAACUUCUUUAUGCAUUGGCAGCUGAAUAAAAGCAUUUUAAGAUGAUUUAAAUUAGGGAAAAAAUAUAUAUAAUUCCUGAAUGUCUUUUCACCUAUUUUCUUUUUUAACCACCCUUAUUUAGAGUUUUUAGGGUCUUGUGCCAGGUGAAUAAUAUUCUUACCAAAAUCUCUUUGGAGCUUUCUAGUAUGCAACAGCAUGUAGGAUGAAGACCCCACUGAAAAAUAUACUUCUAUUCUGUAAGUUUGAGAUGGAAUUCCGAUUGGUUGAGGGGGUAAACAUCUCCUGUUGGAUGCACAGUUUUCAAGGUUGCAAGUGAAUAUUGUAGUAUGAAGGCCUGAUUUAAAGAGGACACAGUGGAGAUAGGUGACAAUGAAUCACACCCUGCAAGGAGUCUGAUAAGUCUAAUACAGAAUGAAACCCAAAGUUCUAUAGCAAUCUCUAAGAAACAUUUGGCAAGGCAUUAUCCUUUGAUGUGCUACAUGAAAAAUAAUAUCUACUCAAAGGGAAUUUUAAUAGAGGGCAAAGAUGGACCUGAAUGUAAAAUAUUGCAGCUGUGACUCCUGCGUUUGCCUAUUUCUUCAAAGAGCAAUAGAAUGUUUCAUCAUGAUUUUUUUUAAGCAUUGUGAUAGAUUCUGUAGAAAACUACUGCAGUUACACAUUCCUAUGAGGUCUUUGCCCAUCUAGCUAGUAACAUUCUGUCCGUGGCCAAUGCUCAUCUGAAAAUUGAAAAAAAAUCCUUUCAGGAAACCUAAAUCUGGACUAUUUGCCAUCUGUAAUUAAUGGGUUUAUGUUAACAAAUUAUGGCUACUCUAACCAAUACUUGUGAAAGCAGUUAUGGUCAACAUGGUUUUAUAAACAUUCAGUUUUUUACUAACCCCUAAAGUAGGUUAGGAGGAGGCCCAUAAGAAAACAGGUAUAGUUGUUGUCAAGUGCAACACUGGAUCAUUGACAAUCUUUGAUCUUUACAGUAAUAAAAAUAUUAUCAGUGACUGUUUUAAACAAUAUAUUCAUUCUUAUUGAGUGUUAAUCCAGUUGUAUUGGCUGAUCAAAAAAGCAGAUAUUCCUGCUUUCUCAUAAUAAGCAUAACGGAAAAGGAUUUGGGUGUGUUGGUUGGGUAAGUAUAUAUGUGUUACAUGUCAACCAUAUUAGUUAUGAUUUCCCCAUCAUGUUCCCUAUCUUUCUUGAAACCACAGAUAUUAUUUCUGAUUCAUUCUUACUUCUACAAAGCACUCAGUACUUUUGCAGGUUAAUUAAAUACUAGAGUUGGAGAAGAUCACAGUUUAAAUUAUGAACUGAGCUCUGUAAUAAAGUGGAAGGAGUGUUGUGCUUUCUUGUUUUGAUGCUCAAAUCACAUGCCAAUGGCUCCUGUUACUGCUCCAGAGACAACAGUGUUAAGAAAGAAACUUGUAUCUCCUGUAUGACAGAAUGUGACUGACAGAAAGUUCUAAUGAAAUUUCUCUUGCAGGUGACCACAUUGUGUGUGACGUAAAAAAAUUGUGCAAAAAAAAUUGUGUUCUUGAUUAUGAUCCAUCGCUUUCUAGUGGGCUCAUGAGAAGUGAUGAAUGAUUCUUCAUUUCAUUUGAUGGAGUUUGAAGAUGUUUAUCUGCUGUCCUGUACAAAUAGAAACUGCAAAGCAUUUUCUUUCUGGAAUUUUCAUCAAGUCUUGUGAAUCUUGCCAUAUGCAGAAAUAAUGGGAAAAGCAAAGCAAGUGAGUUCCAUUCAAUUCAUCAUAGAAGAUGGACAUUUUAUUUUCCUUCAAAAAGGGCUAAAUGUAUGAAAAGUAAUAGAUUAAUUGUAUUUUUUGCUAAAAUAUUCUAACACAUUAAAAAUUAUAUUUAAUCAUUGCAAGAUUCCCUGUCCCCAAUGAUCACAGGUUGAUCCCAGAAUUAGAGAAAAGACAAGUAAAUUAAUAUUGUACCUUGUUAUACCAGCUUCAUAGUCUUAUGAAAAUGUUUCAUAACAGCUAUUACAAGCUUUUAUAUGUCAGAUAUGACCAUUAGUGUAUCUUUUCAACGAGGAGCACAGACGAUCUCUUCAACUUUUUCACCCCUCUCUAAAGGUUAUACCCCAUUUUUUAUCUGAGCUAAGUACAUAAUUUUUGAAAUUCUCACUGUUUUUUUUUUUUAAGUCCAGGAGGUGAAGGUCUAAGAAAUGUUAGGAGCUACCAUGCAAUUUCAUAACAAGAGAAGUAAAUGAAGAAAUAAUUUAUCCUUAUCUUCUAGAUGUAAUAAAAGCUGUUAGAUUUUGGUG